AGGAGGAGGAUGAAGAGGAGGAGGAGGAGGAGGAGGCAAUAGCUGGACGUUAGACUGGCGCAACACUGCCCCCACGCACCUUUGAGUCCAAAUGAGUCCAGGGCGUACCCCGCUUCUCGCCCAAAGUCAGCCAGCCCACCUGUGACCCUCGUGAGGAGGAUAAGCGCUAUAGAAAACGGAGAGAGGCAUAUUCAGCUGGCGAAAUGCAGGCUCACUUGGCUUGUGUGCUGCUGCUGCUGUGUUUCACCUGCAGUGGACUCUGCGCAGAUAUGGAGCAGGAGCAGCAAGCGCUGGGAGAACAACUCCUCAGCAGCCUUUUUGCCUCCAAGCUGAAACAGGCGAGCAAGCAGAGCGCCCCCUACUGGCGCCUAUCGCUGGAUAACCUGUGCCGGUUGGCCGCCGGGCUGCGGCACGACGAGGAGGAGGAGGAGGAGGCAUGGUGGAGGAGAGGCGAGGAGGAGGAGGAAGAUGAGGAAGAGGAGGGGGAACAGCAGAUGAUGAUGAGGGAGUGGAGCAACCAGAGGCUGGAGGAACUCUCCAGCCUGCGGCACAUCUGCAGAGCGUUGCUGCACAGUCGCCAGGGAAGGCUACGCCACGAUUCCCGGGAGUACGUGGCGGAAAACGGCGGGGACACUCCGCUCAAGCGCAAGUCACCGUACAUCCUCAAGAGGCAAGCCACUCACGCAGCCAAGUCCCGGAGGCCGUACAUCUUGAAACGAAGUGAAAUUUACUGAUCGGUCGCCACCCCAGUUGUCCGUCCUGAUGCCACCAAGCCCCUCUACCUCCGCCCUCUCGUAGGCCGCGACCGACUUUUUCCUGCUCUGCCGCUCCUCUUGCCAAAAU